AUGGAUUCAUUGUGCUUUACUGAGAGCAUUUAUAACCUCAUACCCAGUGACUUGAAGGAGCCGCCUCAGCCUCCUAGGUACAAAUCAAUUUUUAAGACAACUAUAAAAAAUGACAUGAAAAAAAUUAAAACUGCAAUGAAAACUAUGGGACCAGCUAAAGUUGAAGUACCUUCUCCAAAGGAUUUCCUAAAGAAACAUUCGAAGGAAAAAACUCUACCACCCAAAACAAAAUUUGAUUGGAAUCAGCCCAGGAAGCCUGCUGUGCCACUGAGGACUGAUCAUCCAGUUAUGGGAAUACAGAGUGGAAAAAAUUUUAUAAAUACAAAUGCAGCCGAUGUCAUCAUGGGAGUGGCUAAAAAGCCUAAGCCAAUUUAUGUUGACAAAAGAACUGGGGACAAGCAUGAUCUUGAAACUUCAGGACUAAUUCCAAAGUACAUCAAUAAAAAGGAUUAUGGGAUCACACCUGAAUACAUAUGUAAACGGAAUGAGGAAGUAAAAAAAGCCCAAGAAGAAUAUGACAAUUAUAUCCAGGAAAACCUUAAGAAAGCAGCUAUGAAAAGGCUCUCUGAUGAAGAGAGGGAAGCCGUUCUCCAGGGGCUGAAAAAGAACUGGGAAGAGGUGCACAAAGAGUUCCAGUCCCUCUCAGUCUUCAUAGACUCCAUACCGAAGAAGAUUCGCAAACAGAAGCUGGAAAAAGAAAUGAAACAGCUAGAACAUGACAUUGGUGUAAUGGAAAAGCACAAAACUAUUUAUAUUGCUAAUAAGUAA